GUCGGCCGCAGAAGGGAGGCUUUGGCUGAGUUGACUUUUUUGCCUGAGCCCGAACCCUGAGGGGGUUUAGGGUAUUUUUCGAGGGCAGAGCCAAUCAGCACCUCUCCAGUAAGCCAGUUGUCGAGACAAUCAUCGUGAAGGAGCAGAAGGAAGACUACUCUCCGCGCCAGGUUCACGAAGAAGAAAUACAAGAAGAGAAACAGAGAGAAACAUGUCUGCGAUGCUGAGAGGAGCUUUGAGAAUGCCGGUCCGAAGCGCGGUGCGGACGCGGAUAGGCGCAGUCAGAUGCUACGCUUCGGCACCCGAGGAGCCUGUCUUGCCUGAGUACACCGAUUUCCCAUACACGAAGGGCGACGACCGAUUGGUGGGCGACUAUCCCGAGUAUCCAUAUGUUUACGCCCAGCACCGCGACCCCUACGCAAAGUACGACUUUCAGCAGCUGAGACGUAACUACAAUGAUCCUCUCCACGAAGACGACGACAUGCUCAACAUGUGGUCCCCCGACGUGCACGACUACGUCUCCACCGCCGGCGCCGUCCGCUGGGCCCUCGGUUUCUUCACCGUCUUUGGCCUCUUCAGCUACGCCGUUUCCUUCUCCGUUCCCGAAAAGAUCGCCACCGGACGCGUCUACGACAACGGCUUGUUCAAGGAACUCGGCGGCGCGGAGGAUUUCCCGCAGAUCAAGCCCGCGGGUGUUGACGAUGGUAGCUACUAUCCCAAGUAAGGCAGCAGAGUGGGGAUUAGGUUGGAGAUAUCUACGCAUUUAAAGGGGAGGGUUAGACAGGUCACGGUGUAAAGAGAAAUAAUAUAUUCAUCACAAAUAACACA